AUGAGUUUCGGAGGCAGAGGUAGAGGUGGGUUUAAUCAAAACUCCAACAUAAAUUCACAGGCUGCUUCUGGCCCAGGCCAGAAUGGCAUUCCAGUCGAGAUCUUUGGCUGGAAUGGUGCCUCGCCAGCGGAAUGUAUAUCGUUCAUUUCAAGAAAAUGCAGGGUUUCUGUUACGAACUACUAUGUCGAUAACACCGCAGGGGCUUUGCGGGGCUACGUGCGUUCCGAAAAGGACGCCAACGACUUGAUUCUGUGGUCUGGCGUCAGGUUUGCAGGGAACUCAUUGAAAAUCACAAAAUCUGCGGUUUCCGGGGCCACGAGAUCGGCUGGUGGAGAUAUUAUCCAAACACUUGAAAUAUUUCUCAAGUCCCGCUACAAUGCUGAAAUGAAGCUUUUAAACCUCAGUGCUGUGCAGCAGGACCCGGCAUUGAACGCUAAAGGAUUCUUCGGAACCAUGACCACGUCGUCAAAGUUUUUCCCGGCACUCAUGAAAAUCGCCGCCGACUCAAAACUAGAAGUGACUAGUGCAGACUUGUCCAGCAAUAACUUGACUGACUUGUCGUCCAUCUCAACCCUAGCACAUACCUUUCCCACGUUGAAAAACUUGUCUUUGCAGAACAACAAGAUUAGCCGGGUCAAGGUGUUUGACGUGUGGAAGAAGAAUCUCAAUUUCUUGAGAGAACUUGUGAUGCACGGUAACCCGCUUCUAGAUACGCCAAACACACAUGAUAUCCUCAACACGAAGGUCGAGCUAAUGAAGGUAUUCCCUAGAUUAGUCGUCUUGAAUGGCGAAGUUCUUCGGAAUGAACAGGCACUUGAUCAAAUGAUGAGAUUGCCGUUCGGACAGCCCCAGCCAAUGUUUUUCCUGGACGCUGAUGUGCAAGGCAUCUCCACGAAUUUCAUCUCAAACUUCAUCAAAAUGUGGGACGACGAUAGAGCUGGGCUAAUGGUGUUGUACCAAAACGAAUCGCAGUUUUCCUUGCAGGUUGACUCGUCGCUGCCUCAUGGUGCCACUCCAAAGGGUCCUCCGGACUUCAGCUACUAUCUCCCGCUGUCGAGAAAUUUGACGAGAGUAUCAUCCACCAAGGCGCGUGCCGGCAGAGUUGCCACAGGUCAAGAGCAAGUGUUCAAGAUCUUUUCGCAAAUCCCCAAAACGCGCCACGACUUGAUGACUAAGCCAGAGAACUACAGCAUGGAAGCCUUUAAAAUCACCCAACUAGGUGCUAUCAGCAUCACCCUACACGGAAACUUCGAGGAAGUGGCUAUGCCCGUGGACACCCAGCAUGUGAACCAGAACUCAGGACCAGGCAGAGGAAAAUACAGCCAUGGUAAGAAAAGUAAAAUCCCUUUGGGCUGGAAGAGUUUCGACCGUUCGAUCAUCGUAAUCCCGGGUCCUAACAACAGUAUGGUGAUAGCCAGUGAUCUACUCUGUGUUCGAACGGAGUCCGACCCCGAGGCGUUCAGGCCAUCAGAAAGCACAACCGCUACACCUCAUGGAGCCGUGUCUUCAGCGAGCCCUUCACCUGCGCCAGUUGGUGCCAACCCUGGAAUUGCUAUGGGAGGGGCCAUGCCUGCUGUGCCUACGCUUGGUGGUCCAACAACGGCAGAUCUACCACAUGAGUUGAAGACCUCAUUGAGCCCGCAGCAACAAGAAUUGCUCGUCAAGGUGCUUUUGGAAACCAAACUCAGCCUACAGUAUGGGUUCAUGCUCUGCCAACAAAGCAAUUGGGAUUACCAUCAGUGUAUCAUGAACUUCAAGAACUCUGCCUCGUCAUUGCCCCCCGAUGCUUUUGCUCAAUAA